AUGGACUACAUGCUGGAUGCAGGUUCUUUACUUGUCCUUGCUGGAUUCGGAAGUUGUCAUGGCGGUCGACAUGCGAUUGACUUUUGGAGACUCCUAGGUCUUCCGAGCUUCCGAGUAAAAGGGGGGAGAACUAUUCAACCACAUGAAUCACGUUUUGCUACUUUUUGUUAUGACUAUCCGUCAGCUGCCUUUGUUCGUAUAUUUGUCUAUCCCUACAUUCUCCUCCCCCCUCCUCCAGGCAGCCCUAUCAUGGCACCAACCACUUUCAAUAAUCUCUACCCAGAGAUUGUCCUGAGCAUCAUGGAGAACCUGCCCGAUAUAGAGUCGCUGAAAUCCCUAAUUCUUGUGAACAAGAGGAUGCACAGCAUCUUCACCACUCACAGAAAAGGCGUCGUGCUUCACUCUGUCCUGGAACACGAACUGGGCGAAGACCUCUUCGUCCACGCCCUCGUCACCUGCCACGUCGAAAAGGUGCCCAUCAUGCUGCCCGCCUUCCCCGAUCUGACCGCCACCAGCAUCCGUGCCCAAGUGAACCAUUUGCGCAAGGUCCGAGACGACGCCGCGGCGUUACAAGAGGCUCUCCCCUCGCCGUCCUUUCACCCCCGGGACACGGCCAUGCGGAUCACUCUGCGAGAAGCAGACAGGAUGUCGCACCUGUGGAAGAAGAUCUCGGAGCUGACGGACGUCUUCGUGGAGGACUGCCGCCUAGGAGAAAGCCUCGAGUUCUACCCGAUGCAGGACUCUCUCCGGCGCCGGUCGGUGUCGGUUACCGAAAAGAAGAGGGUAGGGCACGCGCUGUAUCUGUUCCACAUCCUGAGCAUCUUCUGCAAGAAGCUGUACCUGGACGUUGAGCGGACGCGGCAGGGCGAGAUUGACGCCGACAGGCUCACGGAUAGCCUGGAGAAGCUCAAGUUCUUGCAGUUGACGCUCGUGCUCCGGUUCAUGGCGCCAUGGGAGCUGUACGAGCUUGUGUCGCUGCAGGCGUGGGCGCGGAGGGCGCUGCAUGAUUUAGGGGCUGGAUCGCCUGCACCGGUGCAUAUGUGGGAGCGCGGGAGACGACCAAGUGCUGCGCGCUUCUGUGCUCGCGCUGAAGAGGGAGGCCAGCAAGCACAAGGCCCAUGGCUUCGGCAUGAUUCUCUCACGAGGGGAAAGGUGCAGCUGGGCGCGCAAGCCGCGGGAGUUCGAAAAGUACCGGCCCUUUUGGGGCCACGGAUCCAGGGACAGAGGAGGGUAUCGGAUCUGGCGCAGCCUGGAGACGCCGCGGUGGAACCACGCGGUGCUGGACCCGUCGGUGCCGGUUGCGUACGAGCUCCUGGGCAUCACGCAGGGCAUGCUGGACGUUUGGUCGGCGGCGCUGUGGGAUCCGGAGCGGUGGAGCGAGAUGCGGCGGACGAUGAGGGACAGCAUGGUGCCGGAUCCGUGGGGGAAGAUUUCGUGCCAUUGGGACUCGUACAUGGUUGGGUGGAGGAGCGCGCUGGAGCCGGGGAUGCUGCGUGGGGUGAAGAGGGAGGCGAGGCUGAGGGUGUUGUUGCGGUGGGUGAGGGGGGUGUUGAGGCUGAAAAGGGGGGGAUCCUGAGGCAAUGCUGA